AUGACAAUCGCUGGUGCUCGUGUACUGGAGUCCGAAUUUUUCAGAUGCAACUUGAAAACUCUACCUGGGUCUGCAUGUGGCACAGCAGCUCUUUCAAGUCGCUUGGUGGCCAAUCAGUACAAGCAUAUUAAAGAUACCCUGCCAAUAGUGGCGAAGAAAGUGCUUGAUAAAAUCUCAGAACUUGAGGACAAGGUGUCGAGAUACGGGGAUAUGUUGCUGAGCGAAUAUGAAUGUAUUCGCAUCUUUGAGACCAAUCUUCAUGCUACUUUGGAUGAGCUAGCUUUUCAGUGUAGUGGUCACGGCCGAUCUCGUCAUUUGAAAACUCCAGCUGCGCUAGAUAUAAAUCAAAAUCUUGAGCUUGUCUUGGCUGUACCAAAUCCGAUAAAGCAUGCCACUAAAACACAACCCCACAACCAGCAAUUGCACAGCAUGGAACUUUCCCCGGAGACCACGACAAGUCAUACCAAUUUUUUUGGAGCGAGUAUUGAGGUAUAUGCAUAUGCUGAGAAACAUAGCACGAUGAAACAGACAUUCAGACUUAUUUUGCAUUGUGCACUUCCGGGCUAUAUAAAAGCGUGCAAGUUGCUCUGGGCUGUUGAGGAAAUCCACGAGAAUGGGACGAAAUUACCUGUUGCAGCAUACGAGCACAAAUUCACAACGACCGGUGAAAUUGGAAAAGAUAACAUGCCAAUCUGUAAUGAAGAUCGCAAGUUCAUUUUUGACGUGCAGCUAAUAUACGUCGGAUACAAAAACACUCGCGAAGGUGCAGUGAAAGAAGUAGAGCACACCCUUAUGAGCUUCGCCAAGGCUGACAAAACAACUCUACUUUGCUCUACACUGGACACAAAAGAUACUGCAAUUGCAACGUCAUUGACCAAUCGGUUUCAUGCCCAGCUGUUUUUCACGAAGAACAUGCAUAUGGUCAUCAAAGGCGAGCUGGAGAAUCGCAAGGGCCUGGAAGGUCUACCAGGUGUUAUAUCUUCGCAUGUGGCACUGCAAGUCAUGGAGAAACUCAAUACUUUGUUGGCAGACACCGUUGACGACUAUCUCGAUGGUGUAUCAAAGCCGGUGGCUCACCUACUCCAGAGCGAAUUUAAGUCGUCAUAUGCACGGUAUCCACGCUUAUGUGCCAUGAUUGCUACUAUAGUAACAAAUAUUUCGGUUAAUCACCUGCGUACGGCACGCGAGAAAGCACACGAACUGUUAGCGUACGAGACACAGAUGAUGACUCGAAACCACUACUUCAUGGACACUGUGCAGAGCUUGCGUCAACAACUGAUGAGUGAUGAGACGACAAUCAGCACGAAGACGUCGACGCCAGACAUUUGUAUAGAUGACCCCGAACUUGCCGGAGAAGUGCCCGUAUUUACUCAAAGGUAUAUGCGGCACGUGCGAGGCAUGUCCAAUAGUGAUCAGAGGAUCGUAGACUUGCAGAUUGAGAUAUUUGCAUAUUUUAAGGUUCUGAGAAAGCGACUAGUGGACUACGUAACAAUGUGCGCCGUUACCACAUCGUCACAAUGCCUAUCAUGUAUAAAAAAAGUAAAAAACGAGAUCCGGAAAGGAAUUGAGGACCACUGCUCUUCUGCUGGUACUGGUUAUAUCAAAUUGAUGGGAGCUUCAGAAGGCGAUCAGAGAGAGGUCGCGUCCCUGAAAAGUCGGUUGAGUGCGAUGCGGGAAGCACAUCAAGAAUUGACUGUGGCCGUGCAAAGCAACAAUAUAGUCGAUGUCUGA